GCGAGAGGAUGUUUCAGACGCGUUUGUUCUUCUAAGCUUGCGAAUAUAUCAGUGCAGUAGGAGUGCAGGAAAUUAUAAACAAUUCAUUAUAAUUCAGCGGCAAAUAUACUUCAGAUAAUAUAUAAUAAGAUAUUAUAGCGCUAAAUAUCAGCCUAGCAGCUCGUCGCUUCAUUUUCACUGCCUUGAGUGACGGAUGACUGACUGAGUCAUGCUGGAGCUGAAUGAAGCUUUAAUCUCGGAUGAAACUAUAGAAGAGCAGGAGCAUGUUUCAUAUCAUGAGGAGCAGGCUUCAGAUGAUUUCCCACCAUCCCUUCUCAGCUACUUUGAAACAUCUAAAACCAGAGCAGCAGUUUGUGAGAAACUCAUACUUGAGGAACUUGAAGACUUUGCACCAUCAGGUUGUACUGAGAAUAUGAUGAGUUUGUCAAAAGAAUUCAGUGAUAUGGUGAAACUGAAUGAGCAGGUAUCUGGAGAAACAGAAAAUGAGGAGAACAAGACUGAUGGGUGCCUUUUUCACAUGCCAACAAAGACACAAGCUCCUUUGACUCACAAUGCGUGUCCUGAUAAUGAAGAUGGAGCUGGAAUAGAUCGAUAUAUGGGGAAUGAGAAUUAUUUGCCAAUGGACAUUAGCAAAUAUGUGAUAGAGAAGGAGAAGCACAACAGCGAGGAGAUGUAUAAAAAGGAAGAAAGGCAACAAAGAGAAAUGAACUUCCAAGAGGAGUUGAGGAAGAUUAUGGAGGCAGAGAAGCUCCAUCAGAAGAAACUUGAAUUUCUGGAGAAAAGAGCUCAGGAAAAACUUGAACAGGAGUUGUUGCUUCAGCAGGAAAUAAUUGGUAACUUACAAAAACAAGUGGAGCAAGAGAGGAGGAUGAUCGAAGAAGAGAAGAAAAGGAAAAAGGAAGAGGACAAAAGGAAAAGGAAAGAGAUGCAAGAGAAAAGGAAGAGGGAAGAGGAAGACAAAAGUAAAAUGAAGGAGGAGGACAACAAAAUUAAGACUGAAACGGAGCAGGAAAGGAAGAUACUGGAAGAGAGAAAAAGACUGGGCGAAGAGGAAAAGAAAAACAUGGUAAAAUUAAGACUUAAAGAAGAGAAGAAGCAAGAGGAGCUGUGGAAAAGGGAAGAGGCAAGGAGAAAAAGGGAAGAAGAAGAGAUCAGAAAGAAGGAGGAAGAGAGAAAAAUGGAAGAAAUACAGCUGAAGGAAGAGGAGAAGAGAGGAGAGAUACAAGAGGUGGAGGAGAAAAAGCAAAAGGAGGAGAAGGAGAGAAAGAAAAAUAGGAAAAGUGAGGAUAAGGAAACAAGAAUAAAGGAAGAUGAGAAAAAUAUGAUGGAGGUUGCUGGGAAUAAAAUGACUGAAGAUCAAAAGAGACAAAAUGAAGAAAUAAUAAGCAUUAAAGAAGAAAAGAAGAGGAAACAUGAGGAUGAGGAAGAGAAGCCAAGAGAGGAGGAUGUGAGAUUAAGUACAGAGCAUAAGGUUAGACUGAAGCAGGAGCAGGUGGAAAGAAAUGAGGUACAGGCAAAAAGUGAAGAGGAAAAAGGAAAGACUGAGGUGAAGAAAACGAUGGUGAAUGAAGACAUCAGGAGAACAGAUGAGAAUUUUAGAAGAAUAGAUGACAAAAUGCAACUGAAGGGAAGUGAGGAAAAGAAAAAGAAGGAUGUGGAGAGCAUGGAAACUCGAGAUAUGAUCAGGAAGGAAGAAAAGAUAAAAGCAGAAGAGUUGAUUAAAAUGUGGAAGGAAGAAAUGAGACAGAACGAAGAACAAGAACACAGAAAUGCAGAUGAAGAAAAGUCGGAAAUGUGGGGGAAUAAAGCGCAUAAAGCUGACACAAAAAUGCAACAUGAGAGAAGAACAAAAGAUAAAGCAAAGAGGCCGGAAGAGGUGAAGAAACACCAAGAAGAGGAUGGGACAGGGAACAAGGAAGAUGCAAGGCAUUAUCAAAAAGGGGACAAGGAAAACAUACAAACAGAAGAAGGAGGGAAAGAAGGAGUCAUAAGUAAGAAUGAGCUGCAGGAGGAGAAAAGAGAAAACACCAGCAUGAAAUCUCAGAAUGAGAAUACAGGUGGGACUGAGCGCUCCCUAACCUCACAGCCAGGAGGCAACACCACGUGGACCUCCUCAAGUCCUGAUCCAUUGCACAGUGAGUCAACAGCCAGCACCACCAGCUCUGAAACUGCAGAACAACAAGACCUAGACAAGAACAUCAGUCAGAUCUCCAUCUAUAAAACUAAUAACCAGCAAGAUCCUGCAAAGCCUGGCACUUCUUCUUGCUCUUUACCUGCAAGCCUUCCAGAGCACACAGAGCAGAAGAGGCUGUUGUGGAUGAAGGACUGCAUCCCCUGGUCUAAAUUAGCCCUCCAGAACAGGAGGAAGCAGAAGGGAUCUGUCCGGAGCAGGAGAGGGCCGAGGAGGGCGGCAGAGGGUAGCAGUCUGCCCCCUCUGUGCCCACGCGCUCUGCUUCAGUCUGCAGGCUGGAAAUCCCUGCAGGAGGUUACCACAGUGACCUUGGAGGACUUACCUGGAUGCAGCCUUUUCACUCUUGCCCAGUGUACUCGACUACGAUCACUCAGCCUCCGGCGCUGUGGCCUAAAAUCCUUGGAAGGCAUCAGCCACUUACAGGAGCUCUGGUACAUUGACCUACAGGAAAAUGACAUCUCAUUUGUGGAUUGUGAAAACAUGAGCAGCUUGCGAGUCCUCCAACUUGCCCACAACAAACUAACUUCCAUCCACGGCUUAAACGGUGCUGAGAAUUUGGACAUUAUUGAUCUCUCUCAUAACUCCAUCACCCGUAUUGCUGGCCUGGAGUCUGUAAAGAGGCUGCAGCGGUUGUCCGUGGACCACAACCAGCUGAUCAGCACCAAAGGGCUGAGAGAUGUAUAUACGCUGCUCCACCUGGAUUGCUCACACAACCACCUGGCAAGUGUGGAGGGUCUGGAGAGCAAUGCCCUGCUUCAUACACUGGAUCUGAUGGGAAACAGCCUUACUGAGCCCCCCAGUCUGAACAACCAGGUCCUCCUCAGAGAGCUGCAUCUGGAUGACAACAGCAUCUCCUCCCUUCACAGCCUCACUGCCUGCUGGCUUCCCCUAAUGCAACACCUCUCCGCAGCUCAAAACAGAAUUACCCAGUUACCCUCCAUGUCUGAUUUUGUGUCCCUUGAAAAUCUGGAUCUUAGAUACAACUGCCUGUCAGAGCUGCAGAAUGUGUGUGAAAAUCUUGAGGGAUGUCAGUUCCUGCGAGAAAUCCACCUUACAGGGAAUCCUCUUCAGCAGGAGAGUGGCUGGAGAUCCACACUAGAGAAAUCAGUGCCUGGCCUCAGAGCCAUCGAUAGCCAACAGACAGACUCCUUUUUCUUGCCUCCAGCUGUUCGACAGGUCAGCUUGGCUGCAGGCUGCUUCCUAACUUUGUGCCAGCUUCAGCUUCAGCAGACUCGUGAUUUACAGCAGCGUCACAGCAGGGAGCUCAGCAAAGCUUCAUCUCCCUCUGAUCACGUGGAAAGCUUCUGCCGGCACUUCACUAUGACUCUGAAGCUGGCCGAGGACCAGAGAUUUGCCCAUGAAUAUGGUGACACCGCUGUGUCUGCUGAACACUGGGCUGCGAGCCAAACAGCGCCUGAGAAAACACUGGAUAGUGUCAUUGCUGAAAAGCUUACGGAUUACCAAGAAAUUGAGUCCACUAACAAAAUACCACCAGUUUUUUUAAAUAGGGAUAACAUGAGAUGCAGUUAUUGGAAUUUUGAAGAGAUUCCAGCUACAACGAGCCACGGUGACACAUUUGGUCCGAAAGAGAGUCCAGCAGCCUCCUUCAAUGAUGAAAAAGCAUCUGCCUCCAGCCAUCAAGAGUUGAACCUCAAAAACGCAGCAGCAGUUGUGAUUCAGCAAUGUUGGAGGAAAUACAAGCAGAAAUGUGGGAACCUUAAUGCUCCCCCAGUCACAGAGAAGGAAGGAGAAAGAGGAGGAGAUGGAAAAAAGCCAGAGCCAAGACCUUGCUAUAUUAACAGGAGUGCUCUUGGCAAAGACUACGCGGCAACUGUCAUCCAGGCAUUUUGGAGAGGCUGCACUCUGAGAAGGAGGCUCACAUCUGCUCUUGCUGCUGUGACAUGCACCAGUGCUGGAGAGGAUGACACCUUUGAGGAGGUGGACAUAGAUGAAUUUGUCUUUGAUGAGGCAGCCCUGGAGGAACACUGUAGAUUGAUGCUUUCUCAGGACUCACCUCACAGAUAUUACCCUGUGUCAGAGCAGCCAUCAUCUCUGAAGCCUCCUGGACCCUGUCUUGAUCCCUCCCAGGACAUACUCCCCCUACCAAAGCAGGCCUGGGUGACUGGGGACCAUGUGGACUCUGCUGCACAAAGGAUUUCAGCAGAGACUUCCAAAAGAAGCACAUCUCCUGCUUCCACCUCGGUGCUUAGUGGUCUCUCUGAAAGAUCAGAAAAGAUUUUGGAAGAAUGGGGCUUUACUGACAGCCGCACAGCACUUCUGAUGCUGAGGAGAGCUCGGAAGAUGAAGUCAAAGAGACAGCUGCAAAAGAAACACAGGGACCCCUCUGUCCGACUUGCCUUGUUCCGAAACUGCAAUUACCAAGUUAGUCCAGUAGAGGCACGGAACAGAACUGGACAAUACAACAGAAAUGAUGGAAAAGUUGGUGGGGCUGAGCCGGGCCGUCAGCAGGCAGAGAGGACAGAACACGUUCAGCAAGAUCAAACUCAACAGUGGCUGCACAGCCAGGCUUCUCAGGCUCACAGGCAGUCAGAGAGUGAUCAUUUCUUACCGGACAUAAACUCAUCCAUUCUGAAUGGAGGCAGAGUGCAGCUCGUAGUUAACCCAGCAUAUGCAGAUUGUCUCCGUCACACCAGUGGACUGUGGCCCAACAGCAGUUUAGCUGCCCAGGGUUGCAAAGUGAGCAGUUAUGCCUGCAGAAACUCCUCUAGUCACAUAAGAAAGGAAGUUCCAUCUCCCAUGCGAGUCACGUCUGCGCCGUCAAAGAAUGAGCGGAUCUCCUUCCGCGACAACCCUGUUCAGCUGAGUGGCGGCUGGGGGGGAGGCAAGAAAAGAGUGCGCAAGUAAAGUGCAAAGUCUUCUUCAACAGGUCACCACUUUUCCUGCCCCGACUCUGCAGCCGUUAGGACAGAUACA